AUGGCUUCCCAGAACGACAGCUAUGAUUAUAUUGUCUGCGGGGGUGGCACAUCUGGCUGUGUAGUUGCCGGCCGUCUAGCAGAGAACCCAGAGAUCAAGGUCCUUCUCAUUGAAGCUGGCCAACAUAAUAAGGACCUGGAGAAUGUACACAUGACGGGCGGGUGGUCAAAUAAUUUCGAUUCAGAGACCGAUUGGAAUGUUGUCACUCCUCCAAUGGCUGGUGUGGCCAAUCGCCAGGUGAAAUUAAGUCGUGGACGUUUCUUGGGUGGCUGCAGCGGCUGUAAUGGUACACUUUGCAUCCGUGGAAAUAAGCAGGACUACGAUGACUGGGGACUCGAUGGAUGGAGCGGUGAGGAUUUCUUCAAGUACAUGAGAAAGGCGGAAACAUUCCACCCUAAGCCUUGGUUUCAAGCCGAUAAGACCAGCCAUGGCUACUCCGGACCAUUGCAUACCGAGCCUCACGAUCUAGCGCCAAUUUCAAAUCUUUUGAUAGAUUCGUUUGUGUCGGAGGGAAUGCCACUCAAUCACGACAUGUUUAGUACCGGAGACGUCCCACAGGGCUGUGGCCAUGCUCCUCGCACUGUUUAUGAGGGAAUUCGGACCACAGGCGCAGAUUUUGUGACCAACAAGAACCACCGAGGCAAUAUUACGAUCCACACAGAUACCACAGUGGACAAGGUUAUCUUUAACAAGCAAGGAGACCAACCCCGUGCAACUGGUGUCGUGACCAAAGGAACCGAUGGCAGCUCCAGGACGUUUUUUGCCCGGAAAGAAAUCAUCAUCUCCGGUGGGGCAUACUGCAGCCCUGCAAUCCUACUCCGGUCUGGCAUUGGGUCCAGAAAGGAGCUGGAGAAGCACCAAAUCGAAUGCAUAGUAGAUUCACCAGGUGUUGGCAAAAACCUUAUGGAUCAUCUGAUUGUAUUCAUGUUCUACGAAACCGAGAAAGCAGGACUAACAAACGACUAUCACGUCUACCACGGCGACAAUUUCGACAAGACCUACGCAGAAUAUAAGGAGAAGAAAACGGGUUUCCUCUCCACAUUCCCCUUUGGCGCCUUUGCCUUUGCCAGAAUCGACGAUCGACUCAAGGAUGAGCCGUUAUGGAAGAAUGCCCCUCGUCUACCAGGUCGUGAUCCCAUGGGUCUCACACCCUCUCAGCCCAACAUCGAGUUUUUCACGACAGAGUGCUAUGGUGGACCAAAGCAAUAUGACCAGUUCCCUAUUGACCAGAAGCACGCUUUCUCGAUGAUUGCGGAAUUGUUCGCGCCCAAGUCUCGUGGCUCGGUGACUUUGAGCUCGACUAACCCCAUGCAGAACCCUAUUGUUGAUUGCAAUUAUCUGGCUGAUCCGAUGGACCUGCUGGUUCUAAGUGAGGCUUGCCGAUUUGGAAAUGAAGUCGUUAUGAAGGGGGCUGGAACAAAGGAUAUAGUUAAGGGUUCCUGGCCGCCUAAUUUAAACCAUCAUACCUACAAGACAAGAGAGGAGUGGGUGCCCUAUGUCAAGGAACAUGCUACCACUUGCUACCAUGCGGCGGGUACAUGUGCCAUGGGUAAGAAUGAUAACCCAAUGGCUGUUCUGGAUGAGAAGAUGCAGGUUCGCGGUGUCUCUGGUCUGCGAGUUGCUGAUUGCAGUGUCAUGCCUACUUUGCAUGGAGGACACACUCAAAUGCCGGCUUACGGUAUUGGAGAGAAGUGUGCUGACCUCAUUAAAGAGACAUGGCGAAUGACUGGAAAUGUUUAUAGUCGAAUUUGA